AUGACCAACCACUUCGACCCACGUCGCAGCACGGACGAUGCAUUGAACUUUCGUUGCGACUCCGUUAGGAUCCUCGUUGGGCCGGACAAAGACUGUUUCAGCCUUCCACGCUCAGUCAUUACAUCCUCUGCUGGCUUCCUCCGACACCGUUUCUCCAACAACCAGAAUGAGAUUCAUAUCUUUGAGACCUGUCCCACGUCUGCACCCAUCACUUUCAACACCUAUGCAAAUUGGCUCCAUACCAGGACGAUUCCACUCACUGCGAGAGCAAAGUCACCGCGUACUGGGACUGGCAGCCAACCUGAAGAGCUCCAAUCCCUUGAGCUUGGCCAUCUUUACUUGCUUGGCGAGGGUCUUCAAGAUGAGGAGUUCAAGAACAGUGUCGUUGACGCACUCAUUGCAAACUUUCAUGACGGUCAUCUUCCAGGCCCCAUUUGCAUUGAGACGAUCUACAACUGGACGAUGGAGAAGAAUGAUAGACACAGGAGGGUCUUGGCACAAGCAUAUGCCAAGCUGGGGAACAAGUCGCACUUCAAAAGCCUGCGCGACAAGGUGCCUGCAGACUUUUUCGUCGAUGUCUGUAUGGCGCUGACCGAAGUACGCGACCCGGCUGAAUCGACGAUCCUGGUGGGCAGCAACUGCGCCUUCCACCACCACUUUGAGACCGAACGCUGUGGCGACGACGGGCGACCCAAGAAGCGUGCACGAGUCGAGGAAGGCAAGGACUGA